AUGGAUAUUAAUAGAAGUGAAUUUACUAGCGAAUUUACGUCUAGUAAUGAAAUUACAGCAAAAAUAAAUAAUUCAGAUCAAUUCAAACUUAAAGGACUUUCGUUUUUGGCGGAUAAUAGUUUCGGCGAUAAUUUAGACAAUAUCUCCCCUUUCAAACCAGAAGUAAAUUUUACACCUACAAAAUCACAAAUUAAUUGUUUACAACUUUUUCCGAGAUUGUGGUCAAGCAGUAAACGACAGUUAACACCAAAUCCUAAAUUGACACCAGUGCUUCAAUUAUCACCUAACAAAAUAAAUAUUCAAGCGCCAAAUUUGACACCAAUAUUAAGGCAAAAUGAAGGAACAUCUACGUCUACUUCAAGCUCAAAUUCUCAAUUAAUAACGACAAGGAACAUUAAACAAGAAGAACAUAUUUUUGGUAUAGUUUGCAAACUUGUUUUAAUACUUCUUAAGUUUACAAACUUGAGUAAAGCUUAA